AUGGCACGUCACCGUCUGGUCUCAGGUCUCCCAGCGUCGCUUGCCCCGCUUCCCCGCUCUCCAGCGCCGCCGUGCACUCCUUGCGUCGAGGGUCGGCAGCGCGCUGCCCCUCACUCCUCCUCGUUCCCCCCCACCACGUCUCCCUUCCAGACCCUGCACUUGGACGUCUGGGGCCCCUCCCCGGUCCUUGGCCCACGUCAGGAGCGCUACUUCCUGAUUGUGGUGGACGACUACUCCCGCUACACCACGGUUUUCCCUUUGCGACGGAAGGCCGACGUGCCUACCGUCCUCGAGCCGUGGCUACUAGCGAGGGGUGGCGCCCAGGGCCUGUGUGGGCUCCGUCUACACUCGGAUCGUGGUGGUGAGUUCUCUUCCACUCGACUGGAGACGUUCUGUCAGGGUCGGGGGAUCAUCCAGUCUUACACGUUACCAGCCUCGCCGCAGCAGAACGGGGUAGCCGAGCGUCGCAUCGGCCUGGUCAUGGAGGUUGCCCGGACCUCCAUGUGCCAUGCCGGUGCCCCCCAGUUCUUGUGGCCCCAGGCAGUCCGCUACGCCGCGCACCAGCUGAACCUGUGGCCUAGUGACGCACGGCCACGGGUGACGCCGGUCUCCCUUUGGACAGGUUCUCCGGGCGUAGCAGCUGACUUCCGUGUCUGGGGCUCUCUGGCUCACGUUCGCGCCCCUGGCGCGAACAAGUUGUCUCCGCGCACCCGUGCCUGCGUCUUUCUUGGUUUCCCUUUGGACGCCUCCGGCUGGUUGUUCUACGACCCGGCCACCUACCAGUUCUUCGCUUCUCAGGACGUCACGUUCGACGAGUCUCCCCCCCCCCCUUCGCGUCCUGCCCCGUCAGGUGUGUCGCACGUCACUCCGCAGUCGUCCCCCCCGCAGCGUCCAGUCCGUGUCGUGUUUGAGGGUGCGGGAGGUGCAGUUGCGGAGGGUGAGGGUACUGGGGCUGCAGGAGCUGGUGGUGUCGGCUCUGGGGGUGCAGGGGUUGUGGGUGUGGAGGUCACUCCCGUGGAGGACACGGCAGCCUCGAGCCGGCGGCCUCGCCCCGCGUCACCCCCUGGCUUCCCGUCCGUCCCGCAGUUCCCUCCUCGUUCUUCUCUGCGGCUGGUUUCUGCGGAGCCCGGGGGUGCUACUGCGGGAGGCACUGGAGGCUCCGGGGGUGUCGACGGUGGAGGUGUUGGUUCUGGGGGUGCUGGAGCUGGAGGCACUGGCACUGUGGCGCCUACACCGCGCACUGUACGUUUCCUGACCCGUGAGCAGCGUCUCUUCCAGUUGGAGAGGGAGGAGCGUGCGCGGUUUGAGAGGGCACAGCAGCAGCAGCAGCAGCAGCACGAGAGAGUAGAGGAGGAGUCACAGCCGCAGCAGGAGAGGGUAGAGGAGGAGUCACGGCCGCACCAGGAGAGGGUAGAGCAGGAGUCCCACCCGUAG